AUGGGUAUCCGUUUGUUCAAUGCUAAGCAGGUUGUGAGGCGUAUUCUUUUGUCUGGAGAAGAAAGCAGUAAUGUGCCAAAAGGCCAUUUUGUUGUGUAUGUUGGAGAAACUCAAAAGAGAUGUGUUGUUCCCAUCUCCUACUUGAAGAACCCUUCAUUUCAGAAGUUGCUUAGACAUGUUGAAGAAGAGUAUGGCUUUAACCAUCCCAUGGGAGGUCUCACCAUCCCAUGCAGUGAGCAACUUUCUGCAUCAGCAGCAAGCCAAGCAGCUUCAUACUUGAACCAGCCUACAUUUCAAGACUUGUUAGUUCAAGCUGAAGAAGAAUUCGGAUAUGUUCAUCCAAUGGGUGGUCUCACGAUCGAUUCCUUGCAGAGAAGACAUUUUCCUUGA